AUGUGCAAUCGCGAGGACCUACUCUACUUCAGUGCCAAUGAAAUCUCAAGCCUCUCCUGCCCUACUGUGUGCGACGGUAUGUGGAAGAGAAGGCGAGCGCUGGCUACAGUGUCGGUAAAUGGAUUGGUUCUUAAUGCAGAAAGUACAACAUGGAACACGGAGGACCCGUAGAGUAUCAAUUUCUUGAAGUGCUGCGAGAUGAAGUACUGCAUCAAUUGAGUAUCCCCGAAAAGGUAAGAUACCUCAAGAUCAGAUAUCCAUUUUAUAUCUGUUGGGACUGCUGCAGCCUAUGUUGGCCGUUGACCUGACCGAUGUUCGUUUCGUUGAUGGCUUCGCUGAAGACUCGCUGCUUGCAAGCCUUGACGACCUUGUGGGGCAAAUCGGUUUCUCCCUGCAUCCGUCGAGAAGGUUCGUCUAGAAAUUUGAAAUUGAGGCCACAAGAUAGUGCAGCCUUAUUCACUGGCCUGUUUACCGUAGAUUCUUCCAAAUGAGAAGCGUUUGAACAGCGACUCGAGGGUUCGCGGAAUGGUGUUGCAGUUUGUCUACUUUGUUGCUGCUAUGGCUGUUCAGAGCAAGACGACCCAAGACAUGAAGCUAUACGACAUUGCCCGCCCGGGAGCUCGAGAUGGUGGAGAAGAAAUCACUGUUAGCAUCUCGGAGGACUUCAUUGAAAAAUUGCCAAGUCCUGAGCAAAAGAUGGCUCGAAAGCUUAUCCGUGAGACUCCGGAGCUGCGAUCACACAUCUUCGCCACCUGCGCCCCUGGCUAUAGCGCUUUGGAAUGGUGAAGUGCACGCAAAGUUCAACGAGGAUCCCUCGGCAGCUCAGCUGCAGCUUAUCCAAGAACUGGCUGUGAAUCUGCGCAAGCUCAACGAGAUCAAACCGGUGGCUCGAGACUUUCUCGCAGCCAUGCGUCAGCUCGGCUUUGAGUAACUCAGCAUCGAAGGGUCAACAGAAGCGAAUGUGCCCAUCUUCGACUUCCUGGAGGACCUGCUGGGAGAUUGGUACCCAAAAGGUGAAGAUGUGGCUGACGCCAUCACGAGUCAGCUGCAAGAGCUUCCGGUCGCAAUUUUUGGACAAGUUCUGAAACGCCUCGAGAGUGACAAACGUCUGGUGCCUUCUACCGUCAUUCUUCCGGCUGUCAGCGCUGAGCUCCGUCCUCGCGAGGGCUUGAUCAACAUGUGGGAGACUCUUGAAGACCAGCACUUCGAAACGAUGAUUGGGAAGAGCCCAUCGUCUUGCAGAAGACGUGACGGGGGCCUUCCAGCCGAGGAAGAAGAUGUCAAUGAGUUCAACAACACUUCCAUCAAGCCAUUGGCGGGCAGAAUCGUUUCGAGCACUUGGACGUGCGGAAACCGUGAAUUGGUGGUCGAGCCGUUACAUGGUGCAUCUCCACUGGCGUCUGGACCAAUGUCAACGGAGCUGAUUCACGUUGGCAGCGAGUCUCCCGUUGCAUCAAUCCCUGGAAGCUCUCCUCUGGGCUUUAGGGGCCGUGCUCAAUUCUCGGGUGUGCUGAAUGUAUACCUCGCAUGGGAAUACUCAGGAGAACCUGAUUCUGACUCACCGGCUGGACGAGUAAAAGAAUAAGAAUUCGUAUCAGCAGACAAUUGAUUUGUGUCUUUGUCGCUGUGGCCAUUGAGCAAUGAUGUGCAAGAAGUGAGGAGACAUAGGACAAGUGCGUGAUGCAUGUCAUAAUUUCCAUGGCAUUGCCACGAGUGUCAGUGUGUGUGCGCCUGUCUUUCUCUCUGCAGAUCUCCGCCGCACGCAAGACACAACGCGGCAGCAGUACGACAGGCGCAUCGAGGAGCUCGAAGCCCAAAGAGACGAGUACAAACGUGAGCGUGAUGCUGCCCGGGACGAGCUGCGAGCACAUCAGGCCUACAGCACUGUGGCACAGACGAUUAUCUAUGGUGGCGGUCGGUAUGAGGGCUCAGUCAAGCGGGUGGGCGGCAUCGAGGUUCCCCACGGGGGGGGGCGUUUUGUGGUCGCUGGACGGCACGGAGAAGCGAUACGAGGGCGACUGGCCAAACGGCAUCCGACAUGGCUGGGGCAAAGAGUUCAACCAAAACAGCCUCGUCUAUGCCAACGACUGGCGAAACGACAAGCGAGACGGCAAUGGCAUUCAAUACCAAUGGAUUGGCCAGCAGAUCAUGAAGGUCUACGAGGGCGAGUGGAGAGACAGCAAAUGGCACGGCCAAGGGCAGGCGUUUUAUCACACCGGCCGACUCAUGCACAUGGGCAGCUGGGUGAAUGGCGUGUUACACGGCCGCGGGAUAGAGUUCCCCAAUGACGGCCAGCUGGUCUAUGAGGGCGAGUGGACGAAUGGACAAAAAACCAACAGAGGCGAGGGAAAAGUGGGCGGCAUGCAGCUCAUGGACGGUAUGGGACAGGUGCUGACCUACACCGGCUGCACAGUCGAUGGUAGACCACACGGCUGGGGGAAGCUGCGAAGCAGCGACGAUGUGAUCUACAAUGGUACCUGGGCGUACGGCAUACGGCACGGCUAUGGGACGGCCUACUACACCCAUCCUGGUGCAUACGAGAAGGGUCGCUAUGAAAUGCAUCAUGUGGCGUGGUUCUCCGGUGAGUGGCGUCAUGGCAAGGUCCACAACGGCACCUUCUUCCCUGACGGACACUGGCAUGGAGACCGGGGCACCACUUUUGCUAGCAGCUAUCAAGUCACCCCCAUCCCGUGGCAAGCAGGACGGGAGAUACCCAACAUCGACCUCAGACCCCCAACAGGGUCGCCCAUAUAG